AUGUCCGCUCGUGCAAAGGCGACCUUGGCUGCGUCGUGCGCCGUCUCGGCUUUCAUCAUAUGGGGCGUCCAUUACCAGCAGAACAAGGAGCGUGAGGUCAUGUAUCAAGGAGUUGUACGCGAUGACGAGCGCCGGAGGGAAAAGAUGAAGCAGCGAGAGGAAGAAUUUCGUAUAUCACAACGCAAACGCGAGACGUACGAACGCGUUCAGACGGUCGUAUCGAGCGACGCUUCCAACGAC